UUCCGGCUUCCGGUUGCUCAGCACGACAGCACGAAACGAAAACGCAAGUAAAACUAGGACUACUAGCCUACACACGAUACGGACAGUCCCGCUUUCGAUCGCAACUGACUGUAUUGACAGAUCUUGAUAAAGCAAAAUGAGUCGCAGACAGACACCUAGUGAAUUUCUCAAUCAAAUCCGUGGACGACCAGUGAUGGUGAAAUUGAAUUCAGGGGUAGAUUACAGAGGUGUAUUGUCCUGUUUAGAUGGCUACAUGAACAUUGCUUUGGAACAGACAGAGGAAUAUGUUAAUGGCCAGCUCAAGAACAAAUAUGGCGAUGCAUUUAUUAGAGGAAACAAUGUGUUGUACAUAAGUACGCAGAAAAGGAGAUGAUGGAGUUCCUUUUGCAUCAAGAACUCACCUAUUCAUUGUGAACUUCGGUAUCAGUUUCAGAAAAUUGCUCUGAAUCAUCAGUUCCUUCAAGUAUCAGUGUUCUGUACAAGUAAAUUUUUGCUUACAAUAAACUCAGUCUUAGUUUA